GACAAGACCUGAGAAGUUAGAGACACAGAACCCACUCACACACAGGGACUCACACACAGAGACUCACACACAGAGACACACACACACUGUCACAGUUCGAGUCCUCCUCUCUCAGCUGGACGGGGACCUGCAGACUCCAGGAGACACUUCCACAGCUCCACCGUCCAUCAUGUCCACAGACCAGAUCUUCCUCGAGGACAGGAGCGACGUCCCCGACCUCCUCAAGUCUCUGUCGGAUUAUCCUUUCUCCUUCCCCGCGUUUGAUGACACAGAAAUAGAGAAGGAGAAGCUCUGCUCAACUGAGGAUGUGGAAGGAGGCGGGGCCGAGUCAGCCAGUGCUGGUGGAGGUUCUCGAGGAGGAGCAGGAGGAGGUGGGGGUGCAGGAGGAGGAGGAGGAGCAGGAGGAGGCGUGUCAGCCUCCCUGACCCCGGCCCUUUGGGAUAAGACCAUUCCCUACGAUGGGGAGACCUUCCACCUGGAGUACAUGGACCUGGACGAGUUCCUCCUGGAGAACGGCAUCCCGGUCAGCCUGGAGGCCGGCCUGCAGAAGACGCUGACCUCCGUGGAGGGCAAAGGCAAAUCCAUCGCCAAGGUGGCUGCUCCUGCUGCCACUGUUGUUGCUGCUACUCCUCCUCCUCCUCCUCUUCCUCCUCCUGCUGCUCCUCCUGCUGCUGCUGCUGCUGCUUCAGACUCAGCUUCCUCCCCCUCUGUCUCCAGCGCCACCUCCACUGUCACCUCCGAACCAGAGGAACCGGUGACCAUCACCACUUUACAACCAGCUAAACUAGAGGAAGAGGAAGAAGAAGAAGAAGAGGAGGAGGAGGAGGAAGAAGAGGAAGACGAAGAAGAUGAGGAAGGAGAAGAAGAGGAAUCUCAGUGUGAGGAGGCAGAAGUGAAGGAGACGAAACAAGAGCGCAGCACCCCCUCCCCCAUUGACCCAGAUGCACUGGAGGUGGACAUCAACUUCCAGCCGGACCCGACAGACCUGGUGCUGUCAAGCGUCCCGGGAGGAGAACUCUUCAACCCUCGCAAACACAAGUUCUCCGACCAGGAGCUGAAACCGCAGCCCAUGAUCAAGAAGGCCAAGAAAGUGUUUGUUCCUGACGAGCACAAGGAUGAUAGGUACUGGUCCAGGAGGAAGAAGAACAACCUGGCGGCGAAGCGCUCCCGUGACGCGCGGCGCCUGAAGGAGAACCAGAUCACGGUGCGCGCCUCCUUCCUGGAGCGGGAGAACGCGGCGCUGAGGCAGCAGGUGGCCGAGAUGAGGAAGGACUGCGGCCGCUGCAAGAACAUCCUGGCCCGGUACGAGGCCAAGUACGGCCCGCUGUAAGCCCCUCCCACUAGAACCCGUGAGGUGUCAAUGAGACAAAAGCAGAAGUCCCUUCCCCGCAAAUAUCAACACAGACACAAAUACCAAGGCAAUCUCAAUUUGCACUUUUGUCUUUGCUGGCCACCAGUCACUGUGUUCUGUGCUCCAGUUGUUGUUGUUGUUGAUUUCAACCUGAUGCUGGAGUUUUGGAUCCACACUGGCAGGCAGUGAGGCAUGAUGGGAGCGGUGGUCACAGGACGGCCUGUGGAGAGCGCCUGGCUCCUUCACCCGGUGUGUGAUGGUGGAAACUCCCGAAGGUCGAAGGUCUGUCCCGAGACGGUUUCAGAGAAGUUGGGGAAUAAGAAAAUAGAGCAGGCUGGUACAAAAGAGUCACACGUUUUUUUUUGGGAAAAAAAAACGACCGACACACACUUCCAUUUCCCAAAAUACAGAACAGCUCUUCUUAGAGGACCAAAGCAUGAGUAACGUCAGUCAGAAGUGGUGUAUUUAGAAAAAGGGGCACGCGGUCCCUCGUGUUUCCUUGUGUUGCACUUACGUUUGUGUCUGUACUUCCUUUAAAAUGCUGCAGCUGAUGCUCAUAGUAAGGAGGUUUAAAGCUGGGGAGGAGAGGAACACAUGACAACAGGCAUUCAGGAGAGGGAGACGAGUCAAAGAGCUCAGGUCAGCAGAGGAGGAGAGGAGAGGAGAAGGUAGGGGCCAGAUUCAUUCCCUCUUGUAAUCCACAUCUGCAAACACACACACACACACACACAAAUACCGUUUAAGAAAGAACUUUGUAUAUAUGUUCAUCUACCAGCACCACAUACAAACGUGUGUAAUCCAUUUUUGCACCUUUUCUUAAACAGCAGGUGUGUAAAGGUUUCUCGUGGCUGCAGGUCUCUGGUAACUUGGUAGCUUAUAAGGUGGAAAAAAACAAAAACAUGCAUGACCUUCAGUUUAAAGCUACCGUUUCCUUUUCUACUGACCUCAGAUCAGCUUCCAGAGCCUCACUCUAUAUUUUACUAAAGAAGACAGAUUUGGGGCGACGGUGGUUUCACAAGGGGAGCGAUGGAGAGGGGGGGGGGGGUUUGCGGUAGGAUCCUGUUUUACGCACAAAGGCGAAUGUCCGAUGAUCUCCAGGUUCCUCACCGCUGGAGGGGUACAGUCAUAUAUAGGGAUGUUUAUUAUACUGCACACUGCAAGUAGAGGGCGCUAGAGCCACUGCCUCUGACGGCUGGAUGGAUUUUAAAAAACAAACAUUUAGCCAGUUCCAAGGUGGACUGCUUCUAAAUCUUGUAAUUAAAUGAUUGUCUCACGGUCUUUAUUUCCUACGACAGGAAUCCAGACUGUGUCUUUAUUAACCCAAUACUAUUCCUUAUAUCUGCCAAAUAGUCAAUGAGUGCUGUAUUUAUUCUGAUGGUAAUAAUGCAUCUGUUGAUUGUGAUGUACAACAAUAUGUCAGAUUAUUCCACUUCCUUUUGAGAGUCAAUACUUACAUUGAUGAAACCAAUGACAAAGCAGGGAUUUAAAUGGGUAAACUGUGCUUUUGGAUAUUUAUUUUGAAAACAGAUUUAUAUCGUUAAAAAGGGUUUUACAUACAGUGAGUGUCUGAACAGCAGAAGAAACAGACACACUCUUAUUUACCUCAUCCAACACCUCUUUAUUUAGAAUGGGUACAGGUUUAGCAUGGCUGCAGGGAGGAGGACGCUGAAGCAGAGAGCAAAUACAAAGCAGCUCAGCUCUAAUUUGGCAAAACCUCGAAUCCCACUUCAAGGUUGUUUUUUGGCCGAAGUGGCUGAGUUUGUGUUUGGAUCAGCAAAUACAUCACAGACUGUUACGGGACUUUAUAUCUCAAGUGUCUUGGACUGAUGCAGAUGUUGUGGUCGGUCGGCUCGUGCUUGUAACCGCCAUAAACUUGUGAAGGAAAAUAAAAAAGGCAAUAAUACUCUUGUUAUGUAAUGCUCGUUUAAUAUCAGUGAUGAUGUAUGUAGACGUUGCUAUGAUGUACUAAAUAGAAAUGCCCCUAUGUCCUUCGUGCUUCCAGUUUAGAUCCUCUGUAGUCCAGGAUCCUAAUGCAUGAAACCCAGUAAACUUGUGUUUUUUUUAUUCUUGACUAUUAUACACCAAGUGUACUUACGUCUGUAAACCAUCACUGAAAACUGGAUGUGUUUUUGGAUGGUCGGGCUGAUGGCCUGUUGUACAGUUCUGUCAGAAAUGAACAUCUCAGCUCCGAUGUCUUGUUUGUAGCUUGUGUACCAGCGUGUGCAGCCGGCGCUCGGGGAACACGAGCUGGAAUCAGCAUCUUUCGAUCACUGUGUGGAUUGUUUUUGUCUUGACUUCGGAUCGAUCUCUAGAUACACUGGUUCAGUUGGUGCUUCUGUGUCUUCUCCAUAGUUCUUGUCUUUCAGUUUCCAAACGGUGUAGAAUUAACUGACACGUGUCAUUUAUUUACAAACUCAACAUCGACUGCAUUGUCCCGUUUCCACACCAGUGGAGUUGAUGGAUGCAAAACUUGCAGGCAGACUGAGGGAACUGGCCAAUGGAGCCUUUUUAGGAGGCAAUAAAUCCAGAUCUUUUAUGGUACAGCAUUCAGUGUGUAGCAAUUUUACUGAUGCAAAGUUCCUCAUGAAACUGGCUUGUAAUUGCUGCUUGUUAGGGUUCAGUGGGUCGCAGGUUCAGCUACACUCAUGCCAGCCUGCAGCGAUAACUGGGAAUAACGAUAGCAGUGGUUAAGACCUGCAGAUGUAGACGUGUCUCCACCUUCAGACCAAGUUACAGCGUUUUAAUCCUUUACAGCAGCUUUGUUUCAGGUGUUUUAUUUCACCUGUUGAAAAAAGAGGAAGUAUCAGUCACACUUCACCAUAUUAUCCAUCAGAAAAAGGGGCGUGGAAACGUUAUUUAAUCCGUCCAGAGUGAUAAUAACUAAUGUCUUUCUAUCAAAAUCAGCAUCGCACAUAAAAAAAACGUGAAUAAAAACUGGCAAAAGUCAGAGUGCAGUUAUUUUCUUUGCCUCUAGAUGGCGCUAGCACGGGCACAUCUGAAGGACUAAACUACCGUCUUCAGGCUCAGGUCUGAAACUGAUGGAAUUGGCUUCAGGUGCUUUAUGCAUCACUGACACUAUUCUUCUAUACUUGCUAUUCAAGGUAGCUACAAUGAAAAACGAUCGAAAAUAUCAAAACGUCUCUAUUGAAAACGUUUUUUAAAGUUUUGUUAUGUGAUGUUUUGCUUUAUUUUCCUCUUUUUAUAUAAACAGGUGUUUUUGUUGGGUGUUUUUGUAUCGUCCUAACCUUGUAUAGGAUACAUGCAGCUGCAGUGCCAUGUCCUAACUGUAUCUUGUAUCAUGAAUAUGUAAUAAAUUGGUAUUUAAUGACA